AUGUCUCCCAGCUCAGAGAACGGCCUUCACGAGGAGUCCACGACGGUCGUUGUCGUCGGCGCAGGGCCCUCGGGGUUAAUGCUAGCAUGCAACCUGGUCCGCUACGGCAUCAACACCGUCCUCUUCGACGACCGCCCCGACAAAACCUCUACAGGAAAAGCAGACGGCAUGCAGCCAAAGACCAUCGAAACAUUUCGUCAAUUGAGACUGGCAGACCCAUUGCUCAAGAACGCAGCGAGAGUGCAUGACAUUGCCUUUUGGGAAUCAACUCCAGACUCCUCCCUUCAUCGAACCGGUCGCAAAACGCAUUAUCCAGACCAUCUCGUCGGCGCUGCGGAUCCGUACAUUCUACUAGCGCAUCAGGGGAUGAUUGAGGAUAUUUUGAUCCAGGAUAUGGAGGAUAGAGGGGUGGGUGUACGACGGAGCAGUCCGUUUGUUGGAUGCGAGCGGUUACCAGGCGGGAAGCUGCGCGUGGAAUAUGAGAAUGCACCCAAUGGAACGAAGAAGACAAUUUUGACUGAUUAUCUGAUUGGGUGUGACGGUGCGCGGUCGAAAGUGCGAGAGUUCAUCCCCGACACGCAGUUGGAGGGAGAUAUGACGAAUGCCUCGUGGGGUGUUCUUGAUGGAGUGAUUGAAACCGACUUCCCUGAUCUCUGGAGCAAGGUCGCCGUCCGAUCGCACACUGCAGGGUCGAUCUUGUGGAUUCCGCGAGAGCGCAACAUGACCCGACUGUAUGUGCAAUUAUCUUCGACCGAUGGGGAGCGCGUCGACAGAAAGAUGGCGACACCAGAGUAUGUUAUGAAGCGCGCAGCAGACGCCAUGCACCCAUUCUCUCUAAAGUGGAAGACGAUCGAGUGGUUUGGUAACUACGUUGUUGGUCAGCGUGUCGCGAGACAUUUUAGCGAUGCAGAGGGGAGGAUCUUCAUCGCAGGUGAUGCUGGACACGUACAUUCCGCCCUUGCGGCCCAAGGGGCGAACACGAGCAUGCACGAUGCCUUUAACCUGGCUUGGAAACUGAACCUGGUUGUUCGCGGCCUUGCAUCCCCAUCGCUACUCUCUACUUAUGAGGAGGAAAGACGGAAGAUCGCCUCUGACCUGAUCAACUUCGACGCUGGGCACUGCGAGGCCUUCGCGCGGGGGGAUGAAGCACUUGCCAAGAAUUUCGACGACAACAUCCGUUUCAUUUCUGGCAUUGGUGCGGAGUAUAGUCCUGGAAUGCUAACGGCGCAAGGGAUAGGGAAGGGUAAAUUAAAGCCCGGUGCCUCGAUGAUUCCAGCUAGGGUGACACGGUACAUCGACGCGAAUCCGGUGGAUAUCCAAAUCGACAUCCCGAUGCUGGGACAGUUCAGACUAUACUUUUUUGUUCCUGAUGUGAGAGCGGGAAUGGGGUUUCUGGAAACGGUUUGCCAAGGCGAUACGACAGUGGGCAGUUUGGCAUCAACAGCUGCACAAUCCUAUGCCGAGAAGCCCCGAGGAUAUGCGCCCUCUGAUGAGUUCUUGCAACCGCAACGAUAUACCCCGAUCUCGGACCUGGUCACAUAUGCCCUUGUCACGAAAACAGAGAAAGCCCAGUUCGAGAUUGCUGAUUUACCAGAGGCACUUCGGAAGAGUCGCUGGACCAUGUAUCUAGAUAACGGCGAUACAAGGGGCUGCACAGAGAGAUGGAUGGGAGAGCUAGACAGUGGGAAGGUUGGCGUUGUUGUUGUAAGACCAGAUGGGUAUGCCGGUGCUCUUGGAUCUUGGACUGUUGAGGAAGGAAAUCAGGCCAGACAGUGGGUCGAUGAGUAUUUUCAAGGAUUUGUUUAA